GCCGAGGCCCCAGACCCCGCUGUACCCCAUCAGCCCUGUAAGCUAGCACUUUUCUCUGACAUUUGAAUGAAUCUAGGAGAAAGCGGCCUCUUCGAAGACUUGCAGAAUCAUGGCUUCGGCUUUGGAGCAGUUCGUGAACAAUGUGCGGCAGCUAUCAGCUCAAGGUCAGAUGACUCAGCUGUGUGAGCUGAUCAAUAAAAGUGGAGAGUUACUGGCGAAGAACAUCUCCCACUUGGACACUGUCCUGGGAGCGCUGGACAUCCAGGAGCACUCGCUGGGAGUGCUGGCCGUGCUGUUUGUGAAGUUCUCCAUGCCAAAUAUCCCUGAUUUUGAGACGUUGUUCUCCCAGGUCCAGCUCUUCAUCAGCACUUGUAAUGGAGAGCACAUCCGAUACGCAACAGACACUUUCGCUGGUCUCUGCCAUCAGUUGACCAACGCCCUGGUGGAGCGGAAACAGCCCUUACGAGGGAUCAGUAUCCUCAAACAGGCGAUCGACAAAAUGCAGAUGAACACCAACCAGCUCACCUCUGUUCACGCAGAUUUAUGUCAGUUGUGCCUCUUAGCGAAAUGCUUCAAUCCCGCCGUCCCGUUGCUGGAGCUGGACAUGAUGGACAUUUGUAAAGAGAACGGCGCCUACGACGCCAAGCACUUCCUGUGUUACUACUAUUACGGCGGCAUGAUCUACACGGGUCUGAAGAACUUCGAGCGGGCGCUCUACUUCUUCGAGCAGGCAAUAACCACUCCAGCGAUGGCGGUCAGUCACAUCAUGCUCGAGGCUUAUAAGAAGUACAUUUUAGUCUCGCUUAUUCUCCACGGUAAGGUGCAGCAGCUCCCCAAAUACACCUCACAGAUCGUGGGCAGGUUCAUCAAGCCCCUCAGUAACGCGUACCACGAGCUGGCGCAGGUCUACUCCUCCAACAACCCCUCUGAGCUCCGUAACAUCGUCAACAAGCACGGCGAAGCCUUCGUACGCGACAGUAACAUGGGUCUGGUCAAGCAGUGCGUCUCCUCACUGUACAAGAAGAACAUCCAGAGGCUGACCAAGACGUUCCUGACCUUGUCCUUACAAGACAUGGCGAGUCGAGUGCAGCUCUCGGGGCCUCAAGAGGCUGAGAAAUACGUUCUGCACAUGAUUGAAGAUGGUGAGAUUUAUGCCAGCAUCAACCAGAAGGAUGGCAUGGUCUGUUUCCAUGACAACCCCGAGAAAUACAACAACCCCGCAAUGCUCCACAAAAUUGACCAGGAGAUGCUGAAGUGUAUAGAACUGGAUGAGAAACUAAAGGCCAUGGAUCAGGAGAUCACAGUCAACCCUCAGUUUGUGCAAAAGAGCAUGGGAACGCAAGAAGACGAUGUUGGCAGCAAGACCUCGUCCUACUCCUGAAUCCACUGCACCACGCCUUGCCCUGCCUCUUGUAAUGUUAAAACAUCAUCAGGAAGAAUCUUGUUAUAUUUAGUACGGACUGUAUCAGAGGAAAUCUAAAAAUGUCUGCAAUUAUCUUCUGUUGUUGUUUUUUUUUUGUUUUUUUCUUUACUGUGCACCCAUAUAAACACCACCCCUGUUCUGUCAGUGUUUUAUUUAUCAGCAUUGAAGUGGAAAAGCCGCCGCUGCACUAAUGACCCUAACAAUAAAACUACUGGACAUCUUUGUUCAAAAA